GGAAUUGUGAAAAACUGAGUUUUGAUGUAUUUGGCUAAGGUGUAUGUAAACGUCCGACUUCAACUGUAUAUUUCUGCAUAGUAAACACUGUGUACAAUCUGAAGCCCAAUAACCUGCUGCUGGAUGAGAAUGGGCUGCUGGAUGAGAAUGGGCUGCUGAAGCUGUCUGAUUUUUGUUUGACUAAAACUAUGGGCAGCCCUACAGUCUACACUCACCUGUAGGUGUCACUCUCAAACUCCAUUUCAAAGUCUUUAUUGUCCAUUUAUUUAUAUAUUUUUAAAUAGCAUUUCAUGUGUCACUCACUGUGUUUGAUACAAUGUUUGCUCUCUCUCAGGUGGUGUCGUUCUCCAGAGUUGUUGUUCGGUGCCAGGAUGUAUGGGGAGGGCGUCGACAUGUGGGCCGUGGGCCGUGGGCUGCGUCCUUGCGGAGCUUCUGCAGGAGGACACUCCUGGCCUGGGAUGAGUAGUUGUUUAAAUAGUUUUCUGGUACCCUGGAACAUAUCUUCAGUGCUGCAGGAGACGACCUCUUCGAACGACUACAGGGUCUAUUCACCUUCAACCCCUCCACACGCCUUACAGCUACACAGCUCUACCCCCAUCUCCUCUCAACAGCCUCUGAGMGUGAGGUACAUCACUAACAGCCCCAGCUGCCCCAGCACAACUCCUCAUCCGAGCCUCUCAAAGAGAAUCAAGAGGAAACGAGAUGGUCUGGAGACAAGGAAUGAACAACACACAGACACACACGCACAUCUCAGCAUUGGAAUCAAUAGCACAGACAUCAUUAUUCCAUCAUACACCAGAGCUAGAAGGUUAAAUACCUCAUUGACAUGUUUGUGUUUGACCAUGAUAUUAAUAACAACAUGGUAAAUAUUAUUCUGCUUGCUUAUUUAAACUGAUGGUUUCGCUUGUACAAAGGAUUCAAUGACUGGUUUCCAAUUUUGGAUUGGGCCAGCAAGGGCCUCCCGUACCUAGAAUGCAAACAUAUUUUUGUACUGUGACCAUGUUAUCAGAAGUAACCUCGUCAAUUAAACACAAAUAUUCUCACACACUGUUAGAGUAACAUGGUCUACUCGUAUAGAACUGGAAUUCCAUUAGAAUCAGAGCCCAGUAAUUAAAAGGAUGUAGGCGGUACAAAAUAGCGCAAUAGCAACCCAGGACUAACACACACACACACAGGUGUAGGUGGCGGUACGUUUAACUGCAACAAAAACCGAGUGUUACUGGGAGGUUCAACGUGUGGUUUGGGAACUAUUUAGGUCGACUGGGUUGUAUAUUAUAAUAAUAAAGAAGAAAUUGAUACUCUGAUAGGGAUAUAGAGGGCAUUUGCUUCAAUGGAGAAACAUGACCAGUCUUGCUGUUAAACUUCCAGUGUGGUUCAUUGGACUAGGUAGCUAGAAGUUGCCCCUAAACAGUGGUCCAUGGUCAGGUUUUUUUAAAUCCUCCUAAUGGUUAAAGUUUAGUGUUGAAUAAUGUUAUUCUAGACCUGUGGUUAGUGGCAACUUCUAACUCCAGUGUGGCUUGUGUGGUCCAGUGGAAGACCUUCAGUGUGGCUUGUGUGGUCCAGUGGAAGACCUCCAGUGUGGCUCGUGUGGUCCAGUGGAAGACCUCCAGUGUGGUCCAGUGGAAGACCUCCAGUGUGGUCCAGUGGAAGACCUCCAGUGUGGUCUAACAGUGGUUCUGGACAGAGCUCUGUAAGUGCCUGCUAGAGCACGACUAUUUAGGUGACGAAAGAAAAAAACAGCAAGACUGUAUUUUUGUCAUUCAGUUCAUACAUUUAGAUGUAAUGUAAUAUUGUAUGUUAUUUAUUUUUGUUUUGAUGUAUGUGAUGUAGGAUAAUAAAUAAUUCUGUCUGA